AUGGUUUUCAGAUCACCCUUAGAGCUCUACCCCUCGCAUCUUUUCCUGCCGAAUUUCGCAGACCGUCCUCUGCUUUUGGCAGGCAGCCUGCCCAGAGCGAGGUCCCCGGAGGACUUACCAAUGUUUCAGCUGCCCACCCUCAACUUCUCGGCGGAACAGGUAGCCAGUGUGUGCGAGACGCUGGAGGAAACUGGGGACAUCGAGAGACUUGGACGUUUCCUGUGGUCUCUGCCCGUAGCACCAGGUGCCUGCGACGCGAUCAACAAGCAUGAAUCAAUCCAACGAGCCCGUGCAGUGGUCGCUUAUCACACUGGAAGUUUCCGUGAAUUAUACCACAUCCUGGAGAACCACAAGUUCACCAAGGAAUCGCAUGGUAAACUUCAGGCAAUGUGGCUCGAAGCUCACUACCAAGAAGCCGAGAAGCUGCGUGGUCGCCCCCUGGGACCCGUUGAUAAGUACAGGGUGCGAAAGAAGUUCCCCCUGCCACGGACCAUCUGGGAUGGCGAGCAGAAGACCCACUGUUUCAAAGAACGGACGCGCGGCUUACUUAGGGAGUGGUACCUUCAGGACCCCUAUCCAAAUCCCAGCAAGAAAAGGGAACUGGCUCAAGCCACUGGACUGACUCCCACUCAAGUGGGCAACUGGUUUAAAAACCGAAGGCAAAGAGACAGAGCUGCAGCUGCAAAAAACAGGCUCCAACAUCACGGACUCGGACAAAGCAGCCUGCGCUCCAUUUCUGAAACUGGGUGUACCCCUCACAGCUCAGCGGAGUCACCGUCCGCGGCUGCAAGUCCCACCACCAGUGUCUCCAGUAUGAUGGAGAGGGUAGAUACUGGUACCAUUCUCUCUGUAACAGACAGUGACUCAGACUUCGACGUAUGA